AAGUCUGACUCAGUAGCAAUUUCCUGAAUUUUCAACAUAUAGUGAUUUUGUACUGAACCCAUUGUGCGUUGUUUUUGUCCCCCCCCCCCCCCCCCACACACACAGAUUGAAUGUAAUCACGCAGUGUCUUCGCUUUGAGCUUUUCAACAUCGUUCUGGAGGGAUGAAGUCAGUUAUCGUGCGUUGCCCGCGCCAAUGUAUUCUUUUCAUGUGCAGAGGAAGCUCAAUAUCCUGUUGCACGCAGCCUCUUAAUACGAACUGGCAGAAUGGAACCCGGGGCCUCCCGGAGGUCCGCGCGCUCCUCAAAAGUCAAGCCAAAAAAGCUUUUUGAGCGUGUGAUAUACGAGGUGCGCGUCCAUCUGUGGCCUUAGCUAAAAGCAUCGUCUAAUAGGCAAAAGGUUAGAUGUGGUUCUCGUUUUGGAGGUAAGAUGUUUUCAUGAGACACAAGUUUGUGCAGAACAGAUGCAAAUAUUGGACAUUUGGAAAUGAGCUUUACUCUGACUCACUUUUUUUUUUAAUGCCAUAUGGACGGCUGUUUGGGUCAUGUUUAUCUGCAAAGAAAGGCUGUUAUGCCUAUCAGGUUUGAAAAUUAGCUUUGAAAAGUAAUUAUAAUUAAACUGCUAUAUUUGAAGAAAUCAUAUUGGUUACUGUUUUCAUGUAUUUUUUAUUUUGUUUAUUUUCAAUAAGAUUUUCUGUUUUCCAACAACUAUUUGUAAAUAGCACAGUUAGCUUCACUAACCUUUGUUACAUUAUUUCAAUAGUAAUUUGGUUUGUAUCCAAUUUCCAUAUUUAUUUGUUACUAUUUCGAUAUUUAUCUAAUGGUUUCACCAUUUAACUUGGCCUCUCCACCCAAAAGUCUCGUAUAUCAAAAUGUUGAAUAAAAAGUUGAGAAAAUACAAGUGUUGCACUCAUUUCCUUGGGUGAAACUUUUGAAUGACCAUUUUUAAAGGGAAAGUCAUUUACCAAAUGUCACCUGUUUUCUGAGUUUGGUCAUGUGACAUUCGUAAGCUGAGCCAUGAUUGGUCGGAGCCCUGAAAAAAUGUCAUCACCGGACAGCAAGUGACAAAAUGGACGCUCCCCUGAGAUGGAGAGAAAAGGCUAAAUGCACACACCUGUAAGCAGUGGGAGGUCCACCUGUGUGUCUCCCUUCUCCUUUCUCUGCUUCCCCCUCCUCCUCUUCAACCCUCCUUCUAGUUUGGCUCCCUCUGUCUCAGUACUCCCGUCAGGACCCUCACAGCAGGAGGACCCCUCGCCGCCGGCUAUGUUUCCAGGAGACAAAGCUGCAGUUUAACUCAACAAGUCAAUUGAAGUCACUUUGAAUCUGGAGCUCGCAGAGCGGCGGACAUGUCGCUCCACCCGCCCCGAAUCGUGCAACUCUCCGCCGGCUCUCUGGCGGUGGUCUUCGGCCCCGACGAAGACGACGAGUCGGCGGACGAGAGCCGCCGGAGCGCCGCCACCGCUACCGGGCUGGAGGUGUUCGCCGACUUCAAGGCGCAGAACCUGCGCAGCUUCUGGAAUAAACGGCUGGUGAGGGCCAUGGGCGAGGUGCACUUCCAGGGCUGGAUGGACAGCUUGGUGCUUUUUAUCCGGGGAAACUCGGCUAGCUUGGAGGUGCUGAGGGAAGCGUGGAUGAGAAGAGCGCUCAAGUCAGCCACGGGCUUGGUUAUCAGAGCUGUGGGCGACCUGUCUCCGUUGCAGAUGGCCCCCGUGCCCCAGUCCCAGUUCAUUCCUCUGGCGGAGGUCUUGUGUUCAGUCAUCUCGGACAUGAACUCCUCCCAAAUCCUCGUCAGCCAGGAGAGUCUGGUGAAUCACAUGAGCAAAUCGCAUCCAGGGAUCACCAUCCCAACUCAGGACAUCCUCUACAAUACAUUGGGCACUCUGAUCAAGGAGCGCAAAAUUUACCACACCGGCGAGGGCUACUUCAUCGUCACACCACAGACUUAUUUCAUCACUGGCAACAUGGCCCGAGAGAAGACCUGGUGGACUUCGGGCUCGGCAGACGAUCCUCCCUCACCGCCACCCAUCACUUACCUUCUGAGCAAUGACUUCUGCGUGGAGAGCACUCAAACGCCCCCGACGGCUCAUUGCAAGUCUUGUAGCUGCUUUGACCCGCUCCCGACCUCUACCGGUGUCCCCGCUACUGGCCCACCGCUCACCGUUCCUCCACCUGCCCUGCCCGAUCAGCAUUCCGUCUCAGUUUCUGUCAGCGAAUGCACGUCCAAGAGCUUAAAAUGGCCUCGACCGUCGGAUCACAAGCCCUCAGUGCAGCAUCAGUCGACCUCCACGGCGGCAGACUGCCAGACGAGCGAGGUCAGAAAGCCCGCGGGAACCCUCUACUCUGUUGCCCGCAAAGAAAAAGACGGCAAGCCGUGCAGGAAGUUUGGUCUCAGUCUGUUCCGGAGGAACGGGGGUAAAAAAGAGAAGCAGAAGAAGGAGUAUGCGUCCUUCGCCGGCCAGUUCCCGCCCGAGGAGUGGCCCGUAAGAGACGAAGAUGAUCUCAAUAACUUACCUCGUGACCUGGAGCACGCCAUCAUCAAGCGCAUCAACCCCGAAUUGACGGUCGAUAACCUGACGCGUCACACGGUUCUGAUGAAGAAACUGGAAGAGCGGCGAGAGAAGGCCGUGGACAAGGGAAUCUCAACGGAGAUCCUAAGUUCAAAACCGAGGCACCACCACUCGUCCAGGUCAGCCAAAAGAUCGGCUCAGAAAAACUCUCGUAGCAAACGGCGGUUGCACUCCUCCAGAGAAAAGCAACGGGAGAGGAUCAAGAACAAGCUUCCCGUGUGUCCCAGCGGCUAUCCAGAGGGAGAGGAUUUGAUCCCCACCCGGCUGCGAGUGGAAAUACCAAUUGAUGAACCGGGUAAAGCUGAAGAUCCUGCGGAGGGUGCGUCUCUUUACAAGAAACGCAUUGAAAACCCCUUCCAUGUUCCUGAAGCAGGAAUUCCUCCUGCCGCCAUCGGCUGGGAGCAUCGAAAACCAAAAGUGGGCAGGCCAUCGGGGAGGAAGGAAGCAACGAGCCAUCGUUCCAAAUCGUGGGACGCACAUCGGACCAAGCUGACCGCAGCGGAAGAAGCGCAAACCGCAAAAUCUCCCACAUCUGAAGACAAACGCCAUCAGGAGAAGGAUGCCAAUUGCGAGCGUCUGCCCCAACCCGAUGUGAAGUUCAACCGAGAGUUGUCACCGGACUACGGCUCGGCGUAUCCGCAGAGCUGUACGCUGCGGAUUGAUGACAAGGUUCGACAUCUGCGGGAAAGAUGCAGCACGGGGAGCCGGGAAAACCUCCAACUGAAAGACGGCAAAAACCAGGCUUUGGACGAUGGCCUCUCGACCGUGGAUCCGUAUGCCGAUCCCGACACGAUCCCAACACGGGCCUGGCCCAAGACCGCUUUGCAGCGGAAGCACUCGCUCAGACUCACAAAACCACCAAGGGACAACUCUCAGAACUCCGAUGAGCUUUCAACGCGUCAACGCACCACGGAUGCAAGAACGAUCGCUGUCAGUGGAGAACAAAGGACACUGGCUGUGAUGAAACCAGUCCUUGAUGACCUUCCCUCGGUCACAGUCAUUGAGGAUGACCGCAGAAUCUAUCAGAGAACAGACCCCCACGAGGAUGAAGAUACCUGCAGCUCCCUGUGCUUGAACCAGGAGGACAUUUUACCAGAGUACCUCCACCCUAACUUAGCCUGCCAUCCAUACGAUGGCGAAUCCAAGUGUCUGGAAUCCAGCAGUAACUAUUACGACUCCAACUUGCACUCUCAACAAGUGACCUCCAUCAACAGAAACCCCACCAGUCAUAGGGAGGAUUCUCUGAGCCCAAGCAGACCUGUGGAAACUUUGUGGGGAUGUCAGUAUCCUCAGCAGAGUGAAGUAUCGCCUCAAGAUGAGCCGAGUUCCAAAAAGGAAACCCUGGUUCAGGAAGGAAUAAACAAGUCCGCCCUUGAGUUGGACCGUCCUGAACUUCCCGAGGCCUUUGACAGUAGCAUCUUUGACUACUGCCCGGCAAGUGAGGCUGAAUCGGAUGCGGAGACUGUCCGCAAGUCUACGGACGAGGGUGACGGUGAAUCCGCUCACUGGGGGGGCGAUGUGAAGGAAGCUCAAGAGGAGGAUUAUCACAAGGGCGGAGUUACCCGGACGCCAGGAGCUGGUCUAAGCAGGCCCGGGGCCAUGGAAACUGGAGAGGCAGUGGAACUGGUUGAGAACCACAGCAUCACAGGAGACAGCGGGAUAGAUUCUCCACGGACCCACGUUAGUUUGGCCUCCAGCAACACAGUCAUUCUGGAAGGUCUCAAGAGGAGGGGCUUCCUACAGAACUUGGACAAACUGCACUCCAAAAGCGGUGCCAUUCGACCGCAGAGCUCGCUGCUGCAGCUCACGCCGGUCAUGAAUGUGUAAAUGGAACCUCUGCGUCUUCACGUUGCCUUCAUCUCAAGCUCUUUGCGACUGUUCACAAACAAAACUGGUUGUACAGAUGUUGCAUGUAUAUUUGUCCCUUUUGUAAAUAUUUUCGAAUAUGCUAUGCAACAUAAGUUCCUAGAUGACAUUGUGUAUGCGAAAUGUGUAUCAACUUUUAUGGGUUAGUCUACAGUUUUUUUUUCCUUGGGUUAAAAGUCAUUCUUGUAUGACUUGAGAACAAAAAAUAAAAGUGUAUACAUUCA